AUGAAUCCAUUGAGAAAUAAACGGUCUGUUUUCACUGCAGACUUUUUCGUAGCGGAUUGCUCGGAAGCUGUACUUCCACAAGUGCUUCCAUCUGGUGUCCUGUAUAAUUUAAUCAGUUGUCAAUUCGCACUUCACUAUGCUUUCGAGAGCAUAACUCAGGCACGACGGAUUUUGUCAAAUGUCAGCUCUCUUUUAGAGGAAAACGGCUUUUUCAUUGCAACGAUUCCAAACGCUUAUGAACUUGUGCGGAGAGCUACCGAAGUGUUAAACAAACGUGUACAGAAACCAGUUUCAGAAUCUGAAAUAGAAGAAAUUAAAUUCGGGAAUCCUGUUUAUUCAGUCACAUUUCCAGCAGCUUCGUUCUCAAUCAGGCGGACAAAAAGCCAAACGAAGGAUGCAGUUGAACCGAUAUUUCCCCUCUUUGGGGCGAAAUACAACUUUUUCUUGGAUGGAGUUGUGGACUGCCCUGAAUUCUUAGUAUACCCUCCACUCUUGGAUAGGUUGGCAGCUGAUUACGGACUGACACCUGCACAUAAACCCAUAUCUUUUGCUAAAAACUUUUAUGCCACGUUAUGCAAUCGCUUAAGUCCCCAAGACCCAAAGGAGUUGCUCAAAAGAAUGGAAGCUUUAGAACCAUGGCAUAG